AUGCUGAAAAAGAAAAUUUUCAAUAAGGAUACAGUCAAGUUUCAAUUCAACUUGUCGGUGGAUCAUCUCUCUGAUUUCAAGAAUACCUCCAUAAACAAACCAGGUCCCGAAGAGGAAGUUACUUAUGCUAUUUUAUGGAAACGAGGAAAGAAACGUAAGGGAGAAACUCCCUAUGUAAAGGUGGAACGUGACACCAUCACUUGGAAUACUACUUUUAAAUUCAAUGGUACACUUGCAAAAAAGAAGGGGAACUUUCAAAAGAAGGACCUCAUGUUAACACUCGAGGAGAAAAUUACAAACAAGAAAACGAAUCAAUCGAAGAGUAAUGUUUUGGCAAAAGAAGAAAUUGAUCUGGCGCAGUUUGUUAACGAAGAGCAAGAAAUGACUCAAACCAAAGAAGUUGUAAUGACUAUCGGAAAGUUGUCAGGAAAGGCCAAGCUUAAACUUGUUAUCAAUUCCAAGAAUUUGAAAGAUGUCGCAGGAGCUGACGACGAUUUUGAAGGAGUCAGUACAUAUACAGGUGGAGAUGCUGUUGAAGAUGAGGAUGAAGCAACCCAUCAUGAUUAUGCUCCCUACGAGGGAGGAUCAUUUAUGCUUUCAAAAGGCUCUCUGACUGACCAUAGUCUUGUUCCUGAACUUAGAAAACAAAUUGAAACACUUCAAAAACGAAUUACAGAAUUGGAGAUAGAUGACAAGACAUCAGUGGUGUCACAAAUAUCAAAAGAGAGAGACGCCCUUUUAGAGAAAUUGGACAUACUUCAGAAACAAUCAGAAACAUUGAAAGAAGAGCAUUCAAGAGUACAAGAAGCUCAUCAAGAGGCUGACAACAAACUAUUUGAACUUCAACUCAAGCAAAAACAAGCUCAAACAAAGUACGAGCAACAAAUCAAGCAAUUGAAGGACAAAAUUGAAGAGAUGGAAGCACAAAGUAUCGAAGUCGAGCAAGAAAAAGAAAAAUUACAAACGGAAAUUAAAACACUAGAGGAAAGAAUAGAGGCUUUGAAACAAGAGGCAGCUAAAAAAGAAGAACUUCUUCAAGAGGCUAAACGACAACACCAAAAAGCGUCUCAGGACUAUGAGCAUAGAAUUGAAGAAUUACAGGAAGAAGCUACUUCUGUCUCUAUGAAACUCAAAAAAUCAGAAGAAAAACAUGAUCAACUCGAAGAAUCCAUCCAGCAGCUAAAGAAAGCAAAUGACGAGAUGAAUCGAGAGCUCUCUAAUCUUAGACAAUUUGAAGUAGACUCGCAAAACAAAGGAAAGGAAAUCGAAAAGUUUAAGAGUGACUUGAAAUCACUGCAAGAUCUUCGUGACAAAGAAUCCAAAGAUCAUGAAGAGACGAUCCAAAAAAUUUUGAAGGAAAAGACUGAAUUGUUAUCCAAAUUGGAAAAAACAAGUGAGAGUCUUGAAAAAUCACAAAAAGAACACGAAAUUCUUGUUUCUUGCAUUCAAGAAUAUAACAAGCUAAAGAAAAAACUUGAGGGAGCAAUGAUUCAUGCCACUGAAGACUCCAAUUUCAAGCAGAAGGUUCAAGAGGCAACCAAAAAAUCUGACGAGUUUGUCAAUCACAGCAAAAAUGCCAAUUUCGAAAAGGUUAACCUUCAUGACAUUCAAAAUGAGCUUCAACUCAUGACAGACUUGUUACUGUUAAAACUCAACGCCAUGAAAGAAGCCAAUGCUGAACUCGAGAAUGCCAAGACCAAACUCAAUGCCGAAUUAGAAUCCAUUCGAAGAGAGAAAGACUCGACAGAGAAUAAUGUAAAACUUCUCAAUCAAAAACUCGAACAAAUGGAGAAUGAAAAGAAUAAUCUUCUCCAAUCGGCCAUGGAAAAACAUCAAGGUUUAUCUCAAGAACUUUUGAAUACCAUCAAACAAAAGGAACAAGAAUUGAACGAUGCACUCCAAGAAAAGGACAGACUUAACACUGAGUUGAAAACCUUAACUGAGAAGGUAAUUUCACUUGAAAGCGAAAUUGCACAACAUCAAAAUACAGAAAAAGAGUUGAAACUUGAAAUUGAGAAUAGUGAGAAAUCACUCGAGCAUGAACAAAAGGAAAAUGAAUCACUACAAGAAAAAAUCGAUGAGUUCACACAACAGAUUUGCAAGUUGGAGAAAACAGUCGAGGAGCUCAAGAUUAAGGAAGAACAUCAAAAUCAAGAAUACAACUUACUUUCCGAGAAGUAUAACAGUGUACUGAAUGAGAGCGGUGAAUCGUCCAAAAGACUUUCGCAAGAGAAUGAUUCGCUUCGAAAGGACCUCUCUGAUACUCUCGAGAAAAUGAAUCUACUUAACAACGAGCUCACUUUGACAAGAGAGGAAAAAGAAAAGGCCCUUUCACAAAUAUCACUGCUCCAAUCUCAAAUCCAACAACUUGAAAAUGACAAGUCGACUGAAGUGAAUCGUUUAACUCAGGAGAAGGACGCUCUUGAAAAGAAGCUGCUCGAUGACUUGAAACAAGUUCAACAAUUACUCGAUUCUACAGAACAAGAAAAGAACAAAUUCUCUAAGGAACUUGCUGAGCAUCAAGAAACGAUUGAAAGACUCCUCAAAGAAAAAGAUUUAAGCAAUCAAGAUUUGAACCAACGAUUGGAAAGUAUUUCAUCAGAACUCGAUUCUGCUAAAAAGGAGACCGAACUCGUAAAACAACAAUUGGAAUCUUCAACCAAGAGGGUGGAAGAGCUCACUGCAACAUGCAAUCAGCUUAACGAAACCAUCGAAGGACUGAAGCAAGAACUUUCAAAAUCACAACAAGAAAAGGAUUCUCUUGAGAAGGAAAGAAAAUCUCUUGCCGACACUGUUCAAGAGUACUCAAACAAACUUGAGCAAUUUGAACAAACAUUGCAAGAAGAGAAGAAUAAUUAUCUCGAAUUGCAAAAGGAGCUCAAAUCCAAAUCAGAUGCACUCAAUAAUUCACUCCACGAGAAUGAGACUACAAAGAUUGAGUUGAAUCGUGCCUUGGAAAACAUUACCAGUCUCGAAAGUCGAUUAAAGCUCCUAACCAGUGACAAGGAGAAUACAGCAUCUGAAGUGAAUGAAUUAAUGCAAGAAAUUGAAAAUAUCAAAAAGGAACGUAAUGAAAUUGAGGAUGCAUUACGAAAUGAAAAGAAACAACUCUCCGAUUUACUCAAACAAAAGGAAGAAGAGCUAUCUGUGGAAAUUUCUAUUCGCGAGAAAUUAGACAAGGAUCUUGAGGAUUAUCAAAACAAGCUGCAAAGCACUACACAAGAAUUGGAAAGGUUUGGAAGCGAUUCUGAUACUCGCUAUCAACAGCUCUUGAAAGAAAAGGAAGAUGUGUCUAACAAGUUGAAAGAACUUGAAAAGAGUAAACAAGAACUCGAAUCACAAUGGAGUGCCUCAAAACAGGAAUUGGAGACUUCUGAAAAGAGAGUGAAUGAAUUGGAAAGUCUUGUGGAAGUGACUGAAAAGAAAGUUCAAGAAUUGUCUGAAUUAUUGACACAAAAAGCUAAAGAGUUUGAAGCUGUACUCAGCGAAAAGGAAGGUCUUGAUCGAACUUUGCAUGAACAAAUCUCAGAGCUCAACAAGGAGAUUGAAAAGUUAACACAGGACAAACAUUCUCUUCUUUCAGAUUCGAGCCAUGCUAAGGACUCACUUGUGAAGGAGCUCGAAGAAGUCUCCGAAAAGCUCAAGAAACUUCAAGAAGAAAAGCAAAAGCUGUCGAACGAGUUGAAUGAGCAAUUGAACAACAACCAAGUGUUGUCAGGAAAAAUCUCAGACAUUGAAAGAGAAAAUCAUGAAAAACAACAAGAAAUAGAAACUUUGAAGCAACAAAUUGCUGAGCUUCAAAACAAUAUUCAUGAAUUGGGUGAAUCUUCAUCGCAAGAGAAAAACAAACUCAUGGAAACUAUUUCACAACGCGAAGAGAGAGUCUCACAAUUAGAGAAGGACCUCAAGACAAGCUCAGAGAAGUUAGAAAAGGCCCUUCACACACACAAUGACCUAAACGAGCAAAUUGAAAAAUUGAAGCAAGAAAUUUCUGGAUUACGAGGACAAUUAGAGUCUGUACGAAGUGAGAAAGAAUCAACUGUUGGCAAAUUGCAUGAAAUGUUGGAACAAGUUCAACAAAAUGGAGCAGAAUUGGCUGAAAGCAACUCAACUUUGAAGCAAGAACUUGAUAUUAUUAGAAAGAGUAAGGAACAACUUGAAAUCGAGCUCAAAAAACUUGAAACCGAAAAGCAGCAAGUUGAAGCGAGUCUGAAAGAAGUGUCUAAAGAACUCACAACUGUCUCACUCGAACAUACCGAUCUCAAGAAGCAACACCACGAGGCAGAAAAUAAGAUUGAAGAGCUGAACAGAUUAGUUGAACUUAAAGAACAAUUGUUGAGCAAGGUUGAAGAAGAAAAGGACACUCUCAACCAACAAGUUUCAGACAUGGAUUCCACCAUUAAGAGCUUGACACAACAACUAAAGAAUGCCAACGAAGAUGGAGAGGAGUACAAGGGACAAAUCAGUCAAUUGGAGAAACAAAUUGAAAAUUUGAAACAAGAAAAGCAGGAAAUUCUUGAAUCAAGCUUGAACGAAAAGGAAGAAAUUGGAGGCAGACUCAUGCAAGAAUUGAACAAAGCUCAAGAAUUGCUCAAGAAUGUGAGUCAAGAAAAAGAUGAACUUUCUGAACAAUUGAAACAAGUUAAAAGAAGCAAGGAAGAGGUCGAACAAAAUGUAGACACUUUGAAACAGGAGAAGGCUGAAAUUGAGGACAAGCAGAAGGAACUCCUCAACCAGAUCAACAAUUUAGAGAAAGAAAAGGACGCUCUUCUCAGACAAAGUGAAAUUGAAAAGAAAGAUUUGGGCAUUGUCAUUUCUGAACUUAGACAUACCAUCUCAUCACUGGAGGAUAAAAUCACCGAACAACAACAUCGUUCCUUGUUGCUCUCUAAAGAAGCUUCCGAGAAACAAGAGCUUAUUGAAAGAUUAGAACAUGAAAAGGCACAACUCAUCAAACAAAAGGAAAUCUUGGAAGAGAGUACCAAGAAAAGUGAAAACUCUUUGUUGGAAAGCCUCAAAGAGAAGGAGCAAUGCAUUACUGAGAUUGAGAAGGAACGUGAAACAACUCUCAAAGAGUUGAAUGAAAAGAAGAAUAAGAUUGUCGAGUUGGAGGACAGUAUUGCCAAGCUUGAACUUGUUUAUAACGAAACAAAGGAAAGUCUUUCAACCAAUUCAAACAUGUUGCAAGAUCUUAGAAGAGAAAUUGAAGAAAAGACUUCUUCCAUUGAAAAGUUGAAUGAAAUCCUUUCGAAGCAGGAAAAAGACUACAAGAAUGAAAUUUCUGCUAUCAUUAAGAAACUUUCAGAGCUCGUUGAAAACAGUGAUGAAGAAUUCGACUCUGCUGACACUGUCAUUCAAGAAUUGAAGCUUAAAGAUUCCCGCAUGAACAAGGAGAUCAACACCUUGAAGGAACAAUUGAAUUCUCUUAAGGGAACUCUUGUUGAGAAGGAUUCAUUGAUCGAAACUAAGGAAAGUGAACUCAAACAAAAGCAGCAAGAACUUGAAAAUCUUCUCAAACAAGAUCAAGAGGAAAUCAACUCUCUUAAACAUGAUAUUCAAAGCAAGACUGAAGAAAAGGAUAAUCUCGAUAAGGAGAUUCAAAGACUCAAAGUCGAAAUUCUCCAAAUCAAGGAGAGUUUAGAAUUGGAGAGACAUGAAAAGUCUCUAAACAUUGAAAAAUUGAGUCAAAUACUGGAAACUCUCCAAAAAGAUAAGCAAGAAAUGGAAAUUUCUCAUUCCUCUGAAAGAGAUGAGUUGAACAAACAGCUUGAGGAAGAGCAAGAAGAGCACUCCAAGACCUCUCAAAAAUUACAAGAGAUGACCAGAGAAUUGGAGGGACUAACCAAGAGAAAGGAUAAAUUGGAGAAUGAUCUUGAAAAGUUGGAGAAGGAGAAACACCAAGUUGAAAAGGACAUGGCAGAAGUGAUGAAGCAACACAAAGACACUUCUCUUGAGCUUCAUGACCUCAAAAUUUUAUAUCAAAACUCUCAAAAUAAGAUUGAAGAGUUGACAACACUGAUCACAACUAAAGAGCAGGAGUUGAAUAUUCUCAACACUGAAAAGAAACAACUCAAUGAACAACUCUCUACAUUGGACUCUGCCAUUAAGAGCUUGACACAACAACUAAAGAAUGCCAACGAAGAUGGAGAGGAGUACAAGGGACAAAUCAGUCAAUUGGAGAAACAAAUUGAAAAUUUGAAACAAGAAAAGCAGGAAAUUCUUGAAUCAAGCUUGAACGAAAAGGAAGAAAUUGGAGGCAGACUCAUGCAAGAAUUGAACAAAGCUCAAGAAUUGCUCAAGAAUGUGAGUCAAGAAAAAGAUGAACUUUCUGAACAAUUGAAACAAGUUAAAAGAAGCAAGGAAGAGGUCGAACAAAAGUAUGUCGACAUGAAGAAGGAACAAGAUGAACUCGAAAAAGAGAAGAAUGAAGUCUGCGAUAAAUUGAGAAACUUGGAAAAGGAAAAGGAAGCUCUCCUUCAACAUAGUGAAAUUGAGAAGAAAGAUUUGGGCGUCGUCAUUUCUGAACUGAGACGCACCAUUUCCUCUGUGGAAGAUCAAUUGACAGAGCAACAACACCAAAAUCUCAAAUUGACACAAUCGGUUGCUCACAAGGAAGAAAUCAUUUCAAACUAUGAAAAGGAGAAGAAUGAACUUGCUCAACAGCUCUCAAGCACCAAGCAACAAUUGGAAAACAAUACCACUGAAUUACAGACUCUAAAUGAAAGAAUUUCAAGCAUUCAGGAACAAUUGAACAACGCUCAAUCUAAUUUGAAUGACACUUCCCAAGAGAAGUAUGGUUUGCAAACUGAGCUGCAAGCAAAUAGCGAAAAAAUUCAUGAGUUGACACAAGAAAUUGAGAGACAAGACAGUGAAUUACAAUCCAUGAAGAAAACACUUGAAGAAACUACCCACGACCGAAAUGAAGUGCUGGCACAACUCGAAGCAGCUCGAGUCCAAAUUACUGCUCUCGAAUCAAGCAUUCAAACUUUGGAAGAGAAGAGUGCACAUCUAACGGAAGAAAUUCAAUCAAACAAGACUCUUUGUGAAACACUUACUGCCAAUGUUCAAGAUAGAGAACAAAGUGUUGCCAAAUUGAACGCUUUAUUGAAAGAGAAAGAACAAGAAUAUGAGCAAAGCAUCUCAGAAAUUAUUUCACAACUUGCGUCAUUGAUAGAUUCUAAUGAAGAAGAAAUCAAUGAAAAUUCAUCAUCUCAACUUGUGAGUAAGCACGUCCAAAGAUUGAAACAAAAACUUGAUGAAUUUGAAAGAGCGAUCGAAGAAAAGAACUCGAUCAUUGAGUCCAAAGAAAAAGAGCUUCAACAAAAACAAAAAGAGCUGCGUGAACUCUUAGAUUUGCAAGUUAACGGUGAAGAUGCUUUGAAUCGCAUGAAGCAUGAACUGGAGGAGAGAGUCGAAAAGUUAGAGAGAGAAAAGAUUGAACUACAACAAGAGAAAACAAAGCUUAUUGAAGCUUCAGAACAGCAAGGUGUUGCAAUUUCACAUCUCACCUCUGAGCUUCAUGGAGUCAAUGAGAGAUUGGUAGAGAAAGAGAAACAAGCAACCGAUCUUGAAGAGAAGAUUAAAUCCUUGAAUGAUGAAUUGAAUAGAAAAUUAGUGUCGCUCUCUGAGCAUGAACAACGUAUUUCCACACUCGCCACUCAACUCGACAGCAAGGAAUCAGAGUUACGAGAAGUUCUUGAGUCAAUCAAACAGAAAGAUCACGAAUUAGAAGAGAAGACACGCGAGUUGGAAGAAAAGACCAAGUCGAUCAAGGAAUUGGACUCUGUUCUCGAGAAGCGUGACCAAGAAAUGGAGAAUCUGAAAGAAUCCCAUGCAGAGUCGAACCAGAUCGUUCUCUCCAAACUCGACGAAGAAACUAAAGCUCUCAAAGAACAAAUGCAAACCUUUUUGGAGCAAUCCAAACUCAUGGAAGUUCAAAGAUUUAUUGUGGAGUCGGCUAUUUUGCAUGUUCAACUGGUCGAUGUCAUCAUCCACAAGAUUCCAACACCUGUUAAAAUUCUCUUCUUGUGCUUGAACAAGUGGAAGAUCAAUGAUGAGGCACAUCCAACCAACAAGUUAUUUGCCACAAAUGUGGCACGUGCUUUGGAUUAUGUUGUGGACAAGAAUUCCUUCAAUGAUGACUAUUUAAUUUAUUGGAUGAAUGCCAUUUAUCGAUUACUUGCCCUAUUCCAUGCACUCAGUAAGGACGUUGCCAAGUCUGUUGAGAAUGCACUGAAAUCAAUUACUCCAACUGCAACGGCAGAUGCUACUGUCAUUUUGGAAAAGACCAAGCCGUCAUCAUCAGAUGAAGAUCAACAUUUGUUUGAUCCACCAGAAUUCCCAACACUUUUCACACGACCACUACAAGAGAGUGAACUUGCAACUUCUGAGGGAUUGAUUACUGACUUGGAUUCUCUCUUUGUAUCCAUGUCCAAGACAUUGGGUAAGGCUUAUUCCUACUUGUGGAUUAAGAACGUUCGUAAGGUUCGUGCCAAGCUCAUCCGAUCUCUCUUCAGCUCGAAUCCAAUGGACAGUGAAAAUGGACCUGACAUUAAGUUUGUGUUGACAAGUUUGACUGAAUUGAAAGCCAAGUUUGACAGUAACAUGACAGAUCCUCGAGUGACAAAUCACUUCUUUGAAUGGUUAGCAAGUGGAUUGGAUGCUGUGUGCUUCAAUCACUUUUUACAAAGCAAGAUGAACACGAACAGUGCCAUCUCUAUCAAGAUGAGAGUGUCUUCCAUUGAGAAUUGGUUCAACUCGAAAGGAAUUAUUCACACAUUGAAACAAACCACUUCCAGUGCUGAAGGAGAGUCCUUUGUCUUGUGUCGACAAGUGGCCGAUGUUUGUAUUGUUCAAAAAGGUCUCUUACAGGAAGAAAUGAGAAGUCUCGUUUGUCCAGAGCUCACCAAACAACAAGUGGGCUUUGUCUUGUCACAUCUUUCAGAAGAUUUCGCUACUGGAAUUUCAUCUUCAGAAAUUAUCAAAGAAUUGGGAGAAGCACCCAAAUUGGAACAAGUCUUUGCAAAACCAACUAUUGAUUUCAACAAGUAUACCGAUGUAAAGGAAAAGAAAGUCAAACAAGACAGUCUUUUCAAUUUCAACAAUUCCGAAUUGGAAGGAAAUGCAAAGGUUUUGGAUUUGAAAUCUGCUUCCGAAUUGCCAAGACGUUUCAAACCCAAGAUGUUCGACAAUGAGUUGACCUUCUUAAAGUAA